AUCCAGUCUUCGGCCUUUUUUUACUAUAGCGUUUUUUGGACCUUACAGUUUUUAUAGCGCUUGCAGCUCGUGUUUCCACUUUCCAGUCUAUUCGCUUUCAGUUUUACCAUCUAUUCCAGAAUGCAGACAUUUGCGGUCAUCUUGCUGUUGGCCUGCGUCGCCGUCGCCUCCGCUCAGUUCUUCGGCGGUCUGGGUGGAAUGGGCGGCUUCGGUGGCAUGGGCGGUUUGGGCGGAUUUGGCGGCAUGGGCGGUCUUGGUGGAAUGGGCAUGAUGGGCGGUUUAGGCGGAAUGGGCAUGGGUGGUUUAGGCGGAAUGGGCAUGGGCGGUUUAGGCGGAAUGGGCAUGGGCGGUUUAGGCGGAUUUGGUGGAUUAGGCGGCAUGGGCAUGGGUGGCCUUGGAGGAUUCGGUGGCAUGGGUGGAUUAGGCGGUAUGGGCUAUGGUGGAAUGGGCAUGGGCGGUCUCGGCGGAUUCCCGAUGGGCGGUGGAAUCGGUGGACUCCAGGGCGGCAGUGGAUGGGGCGCAGCCGCCCCCUUGGUGGCCGCUGCCCCUCUGCAGACUUCCACCGGAUGGGGACGCAAGUAGUAGAUUUUGAAUCGAAUCUAAUGUUUUUGUUCUCCUUUCUGUUGUUAACACUUAUUGUACCGGUAUUGUCAGAAUCACAGUCAUAAUUGUCUGAGAAUCUGAGAUUACUUGUAAUUUGCACAA